AUGGCCUCCGAACCUCCGUUAAAGGGCAUCAAAGUCCUGGAGUUUGCCGGCCUUGCUCCUGGCCCCUUUGCAGGCCUCAUGCUCGCCGACGCAGGCGCCUCCGUCCUCCGCAUCGACAAGCCCCCCUCCAACGCCGAGCGCGCAGUCCCCUCCCCCGACCUCCUCGCCCGGCACAAGUCCUCCCUCGUCGUCGACCUCAAGAACCCCCGCGGCGCAGCCCUCAUCAAGCGCCUCGCAAAGCACGUCGACGUCCUCAUCGACCCCUUCCGGCCGGGCGUCCUGGAGAAGCUCGGCCUCGGACCGGACGCCCUGCUCGCCGCCAACCCGCGCCUCAUAUACGGCCGCCUGACGGGCUUCCGCCGCGACGGCAGGUACGCAAACAUGGCCGGCCACGACAUCAACUACCUGGCUGCCUCCGGCGUCCUCGCCCUCCUGGGCAGACAAGGCGAGAAGCCGUUCCCGCCGUGGAACAUCCUCGCCGACUUCGCCGGCGGAGGCGCCAUGCUCGCCCACGGCAUCCUCCUCGCGCUCCUCGCCCGGACCUCCUCAGGCAAGGGCCAGGUCGUCGAGGCCAACAUGGUCGACGGCAGCUCCUACCUCGCGACCUUCCCGCGCGUCGCCCUCAAAACCCCCGUGGGCAACAGGCCCCGCGGCAACAACAUCCUCGACUCGGGCUGUCCGUGGUACGACACGUACGAGACGGCCGACGGCGAGUACAUGUCCGUCGGCGCCCUCGAGCCCCAGUUCUUCCGCGCCCUCCUCAAGGGCCUCGGCCUCCAGGAUCAAGAAGAAGAAGGCUGGGAAUCCAGGCGGCACGACACUUCCCUCUGGCCUCGCCUCCGCGCCCUCUUCACAGAGACGUUCAAGCGCAAGACGCGCGCCGAAUGGGAGGCCGUCUUCGACGGCACGGACGCGUGCUGCGUCCCCGUGCUGCACUACCGCGAGCUGGAAUCGCAGCAGCCGCCCGCCAGGGAAGGCGACCAAAGGGCCGCGGUGACGCUCGCCGCCACGCCGCUCUACGCGCCCGCGGACUACGAACAGGGAGGGGGCUACGCGGGGACGAACCUUGCGCCCGGCGAUGGAGGAGAAAGGCUUCUGGCGGAGUGGGCUGGGUGGGAGCGGGGAGCGCAGUAUGAUCUUGCUGAAGGGGGAGCGGCGGUUGUUCUGAGAGAGGAGAGGGACAAGUCUAAGCUGUGA